AUGGAGAGCAAAAAAAAAUGGGUGGCUCAAAUUCGAAAGCCGCGCCUACGGAAGAUGAUUGACUACAGACAGCAGGACCUUCCGCUGGAGCGGCAUGAUCCGAUGUGCUGCUUUGUUGCUGGAAUCCCUGCCGCCCAGAGAGACAGCGCUCACGCGUGUAGGCUUCCCAUUUGUCGCAGUGCUAAGGACCAGCUCAACGGCAACUCUGAUUGGCUGUUCGCAGACGUCAAGACCCGCAGUUGUGCUAUUCUAACGGAAUUCACUUUGACGCAAGCUAGUCUCUACAACUGUGCAUAG